AAUUUUCUAAUUAUUAUUGAAAUUAAAAAAAAGGCUCAUGCUUUGUUAAUUCAUUUUAAAUAGCAGACUUCGAACUAAACAUUGCUUUAAGUACCAGAGCAAAAUUGAGAAAAAUGGGCUGCAAGCCAUCAGAUAAGCCGAAGGCAAAGUAUAGAAAGGGAUUGUGGUCACCGGAAGAAGACUUAAGGCUUCGAAACUACAUCCUCAAAAACGGCCAUGGCUGCUGGAGCUCCGUCCCCAUAAACACCGGUUUGCAAAGGAAUGGAAAAAGCUGCAGAUUAAGGUGGAUAAAUUAUUUAAGGCCGGGGUUAAAGAGAGGGACAUUUUGCAAACAAGAGGAGGAGACAAUCUUGACCCUUCAUCGUAUGUUAGGCAACAAGUGGUCUCAAAUCGCACAGCAUUUGCCUGGAAGGACAGACAAUGAGAUAAAAAACUACUGGCAUUCAUAUUUGAAGAAGAAAGUGGCCAAAGCAGAGGAAAUGGAAGGUCAAACCAAAUCCCAGUACACAAGUACUUCAAGCUCAGAAAUCUUAGAGUGUUCACCAUCUCCCCAAAAGCCCACAACAUGUUUUAAUUCGAGUCACGAAUCAGUGCAAAAAUCACCGCCAUUAGUUUCACAGCUCGAUGACUUGUCCAAAGAUCAGAGCUGUCAAAGAAGCCCUUUACCAAAGAUUUUGUUUGCUGAGUGGCUCUCCUUAGACCAGGUUCAUGGUGGGAGCUUUGCCAACAACAUCGGUGAUCCCUGGGUUUUGAAGGAAGGAUUUGAUCAUAGUACAACUUCAAAUAAUCUGCAAGCAGAUCAUGAUCUAGGACAUGGUUUUGUGUUGAACGAUGAGGGAAUAUUUGGCAGUGGUUUUCAUCAUGGGAUAAGCCAUCAUCAUGGUUUGGGUUUGGAGAUGAUCAAUUCGCAGUUUAAGUUCGAGGAACAGAUUUCAGGACCAGGGUUUGUUGAUUUUGUAUCAGGGGGUGAUUUGUACAGUGAUUUCAACUUGCAGAAUGAUGCAAUGUAUUUUUAUAAAUAAAAAAAAAAGGUCGUACCCAGUGCACAAGGCUCCCGCUUUACGCAGGGUCUGGGAGAAUGUACAUAAUUUGAUUAUUUUCUUCCUCUAAACUGGUAUAUCUUGGCAACAAAAA